AUAUAUGCUCGUGUCGGCAUUUUCUUUUCCCUCCACUUAUUAGUAUUGAAGAAUAUAACGACCGUCUUCGAGCAGUGUAUGCCUUGCUGCAGAAGCUCGUCGAUGAUGGUUUCUUAACUAAAGAUGAAAGGUUCCCAAAUUCAGCGGGUUCGGUUAAAACACGGUCAACUUGGCGUGCUGGUGUUGCAUUUUAUAACAAGGCCUCAUCACUGGGAACACUU